AUGACUGCAAAAGGGCAAAAAUGUCCACUCAUAGAGAAGUCGAGUGUAUAUAGUGAAAACGAUUUACAUUCACCAAGUUAUGUGAGUCUUUCUUUGAUUCUAAAGGGAGAUGGUUUUGGCCCUGGAGAGUGGAAUUUUCUAACUUUAUUUAAUGGCCAGGUUAUUCAUGAAACUAAAUGGCAUAAAAAUGUAACACUACAAUCAGAGCUAUCUGUCGAUUUAAACCGAUCAUACAGUCAAAGCAUAUUAGCUGAUAAACCAUUAAUUUUUCUUGUUCGAAUUGUUGGUUUAAAAGGAACCAAAGAUCCAGAUCCUCUGGUCUGUGCCGACAACCACGCUGGAGCAACUUUCGAUUUGUUUCCAUUGGUUUUAGGCGAAAAAGAAUUAUUUACAAAAGUUCGACUAGUUAAUAUAAAUACCGGCUUAUCAACAGUUUGUGCAGUGGAAGUAUCUGCAAAGAUCGAGGGUGGAGUUGAACGUGAUAAAAUUCCUUUAAUUCUUACUAUGAUAUCUGGUCAUUGUUUUCCGACGACCAAAGAAGGAACAGUUUAUUUAAGUGCGAUAGCAUUAAAUGAUAUUCAAAGCCCACAAGCGGCGAAAUUUGGUAUGUCCUUAAGUAACUCGAAUGCUAAAAAGGUAGUGUGGGCAUCUGCGUGUAACGGUGGUUUAGCUGCAAAUACUGCAUUUAAUGUUCCUUCAGAAGAUAAAUUUGUAGCAGAUGAUUUUGAACUCAUGGAAACUGAUGCUUGUACUUCAGUUUAUUGGAAUUCUAUGACGCGUGUGCUUGUCGACUCAACCAACUUACGCGAGAGACUUAAGGCACCGUUCCUGAUCGAAAUUGCAGGUGUACCUAAAGUUGGAAAAAUUGACGUAAGAGGUCGAUAUAUGGCUUUUGUGGAUGCGGGUGUACUAUUGGAACCUGGGCAAUUCGGUGUUACAACCUGCGCGAGACUUUUAUUUUACAGUGAAUCUAAUUUGCCCGAAGGCACUGGAGCUUUGUUAGAGCUACCUCCAGCUAGUGCUAAACCCGUAAGCGCUCGAGAGUCAAAUUUUGUGUCCGAUGAUUCUGGAAAUGCUGCAUAUAUUGUUAUAAGAUUUGAUUUGUUUGACUCUUUAAGUGCUAAAGCUAAAAUGUCGUCGCUUUUUGAAGUCUUAGGCUUUCCCCCUCCUGAUGGUUUUGCUGCACCCACGAAUGAGUUAUACGUAGAAUCCGUUCCUGAUGAUACUCCACUGGACGUUAGACGCAUACGGAAAGAGGCUGGUGCUCUGGCUGUACAUAAAGAAUUAAGUGGUCUAUCAUGUAGAGGUAAAGUACAGAUGAACCAAAGCAUUAAGCGAACAGCAGCUAAUCGUCUUCUUACAAGAACGAGGGCUCUUGUUAAACAAUUUCCGCCAGGGGAAUGUUCUUUUCUUGAAUGGCAAGACACCGUCACUGCCCAACACGCAGCUGUCCGAGGUGCGGUAACAUCGUCAUUUGCGCCGCAACCACCACCUCCACGUUCUACGUCACGUAUUGCAGCUGUAAGAAAUCGUUUAGCUGGUGAUAUAAGAAUAGCAGAAGAACAUAUAGAGAAUAAUUUAGCAGCUGUUCCACAUCAUCCAAGGGUUUUGCUUUCAAAGUGUCUACGUUGCUUGGAAAUAAAAAACGAUUCCGAAGCUCGAACCUAUCUCCUGCGAGCUCUAAGUGCACAAACUAGAAAUAGAUACUUGUUAUGGACAUUUGGGGGUUCAGAGUUUUAUAAAGAAGAAUCUUAUGAGAUAGCGUCUGCAGCUUUUCGCGUUGCUGUUAAGGGCGAUACGUCAGAUGGUACUACAGGUGCUGUGGGCUGGGCGGCCUUGCACGCUUUACACCAUUACAAUCAGAAUAGUUACGCAGCUUUUGUAGCGGCACGGAAAAUGCGAAAGGCAUACGAGGUAUCCAAGGAAUGGAAAAAAUUCCUACAACGAUGGGUCGAAACAAGCGGUGAAGAGGAAACUUUUUGGAUACCUGCCAUAAUCGACAUCAAAAACCCUAUGUUGGUCGCCGCAGCAUUUUUUCUUUGUUUGAGAUGCUACAAAUUUAGUGAAAGACUUAUUCAAUGUGUCGAAGAUGGCUGUGUAGUCCGAGGUUCUCGGUAUGAUCUCAAGAAUGAGCCUACCGUUGACAUGUUCUAUAUAAGAGCUGCGUCACUUAUAUUACAACGCGAAUUAGAAAAAGCAUUAGAACUUAUAGAGCAAGGGAUAAAGCAGUACGGUCCAUCUGCACAAAUGUCUCAAAUACGAGCAGUUUGUUUGACGUGCUUGCGAGGAUGGGAUGGAUCAUGUGAUACUGCGCUUUUAGAAGCUGAUCGUGCAGGGGCGCAAACCUUGCCGUUGUUGCUUCAGCGAGGAGCCUUAGGUUUACUCAAAAGCGAUCCGAGAGUGGCAUUGCAGCGUGCUGCAAGGGCCCAUAAAGUUGCGCCGUCGCCUCAUUCAGCAUUAGUUAUCAGUCGUAUAUAUGCAAAGACGGGGAAAGAGAAAUUAGCCGAAAGGUGGGCUGCUGCGGCAGUGGAGACAGAACCUUUGCUAGCAGAUGGAUGGGCUGUAUUAGCAAUUCUUGCAAUGACGAACCGUAAUAUUGAUAAAGCCCGGGCAAUGCUUCGUACGGCGCAACAAGCUGGUCCAAUUAGUGCUGAAAUUAAAGAAGAAUUGAGGAGAGUAAUUAAAGUCGUCCCAAUCGAGACGUUGCCAGAUGCACUGGUAAAAGAUUUAUGUCUAUGCGAAUAUUAUUAA